UCCGUUGCUGGCGCCAUCUUUGAUAGCAAUUGGAUGAUGAGGAAGCCUGCUGAUUACAUCUCGCUGAACAACAACCCGCUCUCCAUCGACUUGCGCGCCCUCGUUCACAUCCCAGAUCCUCAACUCCGUGAUGCGGUUUUGUCGGCGGUGUCUGCAUCUGUCUCAGUACGUCAUUGUCUACCCAAUAGAGCUCUUGAAAUGGAAGUUUCUGAUCCGUUAUCCGUCUCCAGAGUAGCGAGAUAUCUAACUCCUCGCCUCCCCCCUCUACAGUUAUCAUUAUUACUACGUGUCAAGCACCACCCUUCACAUUAUUCCAUCGAAUCUUCUCCUUCUGCUCCGCUUUCGGCCACGUCUUCUCUUACGGAUGUGGAGAAGGGUCUUGGUAGCGGUAUCUCCACUGUCGAUGAAAAGCUAAACUCUGCAACCUCCACCCCAGGAGAGCUCCCGACACUACAUCUCAAGCCCACUAGCGAUAUCUCUCCGAUUUCGACCCUAGUGCCAUCUAGCACAGCGUCGUCUCCGGGCGAAGGGCCUGAUUCGCUCGAGUUCGAGCCAGCUGCUAGGAAAGUGCUUGAUGAGCAACCCUUGAAGCUGAUACUCUCUCCGCCCCCUGUACCUCGCAUCUCUAACGAACAAACUCGGACAACACGAACCGACGAAGAGGAUCCCCAACGAACCCAUCAAAAUGUAUAA